AUGACUACUCGCAUUCUGGACGGCGAAAGCGUUCGCUCUCCUAUACGCCCUUUCGUCAUUCAAGACUUCCAUGCAUUUGUGGGUGGGCUUAUCAGCCGACCGGGGAUGGAGGAGAUCCUCCGACAGGGGAAGGCAAUACAAGAUCGCUACAAUCUACGCGACAUCACCGAUGGAUCCGCCGUCGCCGACAUGCAGGGACCGGACGGAAAACCCUUCGCCGAUGCAGCUGAGGGCGAGUUACGCUUACUUUGGGCCCUUUCGGUGGACUGGUUCAACCCAUAUCUCAACAAAAUCGCAGGGUUGUCGAUUUCGACGGGGUCGAUGGCUAUGUCGUGUUUAUACCUUCCGCCGAGCAUGCGAUACAAAACCGAUAAUCUAUAUCUCGCAGGCAUUAUUCCCGGACCCAAGGAGCCCAAGCUCGAGCGCACUAAUCACUUCCUCUGCCCGCUGGUCGACCAACUGUUAGUCUCCUGGGAGCGCGGCAUUUGGUACAACAGAACUUACGACUAUCCUCGUGGUCGCCGUGUACGCUCAGCGCUCGCCCUCGUCAUCACUGACUUGCCAGGAUCUCGUAAGGUUGGCAGAUUAGCCAGCCAUAGCGCAGGGUGCUUUUGCUCGCAGUGCCAUUUGAAGAAGCAGAGUAUCAAUAACAUUGACAUGACCACUUGGAAGAUGAAAACGGCUGAAGAGAUCUUGGAAGCCGCUGUCCGCUGGCGCGACGCUGACACGCAGGAAGAGCGAAAAUGCAUUUUUAAGGAGUUUGGCAUUCGAUGGUCCGAACUUAAUCGCCUACCGUAUUGGGAUCCCGUUCGGUGCAUAGUCAUCGACGGGAUGCAUAACAUCUUUCUCGGAGUAACCCAGUUCCACAGCAGAAAAGUGAUUGGAAUGGACGUACCUAUAGGGGACCGUGAGGAUGCUGGAAAUGCGCGCAAAAUCAAGGAGAAUGACUUGAUCAGCCUUCGACGCCUCCUGCUGAAGGACCCCGAGCCUCGCUUGUUGUUGCGCUUCAAUAAAGUCACCCUGGGACACAUGUGCGGGGAGCUCGGCUUUCGGUUACCUCGCUCUGUUCACGAGAUGAAAAAAUCGGUGCUCGCCGAUGUGUUGACUCGGCGAACGGGUUACACACAGACGCAUGCGACCAUUGCUGUUUGGAUUCGCCCUUCCGCUUCUGCUACAGACCGCGCCCCACUGACAAGCACCCCCGAUACUGCAGAGCUUGCACCUCAGACUCUGAUCGGAGAAGCGUACACAGCAGAAUGUGCAGCUGAACAUGCAGCCACAGCGAAGCUUGCAGACAGACAGGAUGAAGUGGACAGCUUGUCAAUACGGGCUUUUCGCAAACGAGAUCUCAAACACAUGCAGGCUGACAUUGCCGAGACAUCCCGCCCCAUUUAUUCCGUUGGACCACCUGCGAACAUGGGUACGAAAGGCCAAGGCAAGCUCAAAGCUGAUCACUGGAAAGCUGCAAUAGAAUUCGAAUUACCUGUCUCGCUCAUGAAGCAUUGGCACGGCGAACGACUGGACAACUUAUCAGACGAGUCUAAGCACCGUCAUGAUCUCGCUCACUGCACAAUGCGGCUGGCCUGUGCAGUUCAUCAAGCCACUUCAUAUCGGACUACAGAAAAUCAUCGCACCAGAUAUACAAUCCAUAUGCACGCUUACCUCUCUGACAUCCUGGAGCUCAAGCCCGGGCUCACCCUGGUGCCCAAUCACCACAAUGCACUUCACCUCGGUGACUUCCUCAUGCGCUUCGGUCCAGUCCAUGGCUGGUGGAUGUUCCCCUUCGAGCGCCUCAUCGGAGUGUUGCAGCAAGUGAAUACAAACUACAAGCAGGGGCAAUUCGAGAAGACUAUGCUUGAAUCUUUCUGCACCGCAGCCAAUGUCAAGGCAUUUCUGAAGCGGGAUGACUGCCCGAAAGUUCUGAAGGACUGCGCACCCAUCGUCCAGUCAUGCUUUGGAGGCGAUCAGCGAGGCACAUUGAUGACGGACAUCCGUACCUUGGGCGAACAAAUUCUUGACGGCCCUUCGCCAGACACCGGUGCAACUGUUGACUGGACUAGUGUCCGCCGAUUGGAACGCGAAUUUUACGAUGUCCUCGCAGCCCGAUCAGCAGAACUGAACAUUCUGGUCCCAGGCUGGCGACUCACCCGACAUUGCUUGCUUCAUGGCCAUCUCACAAUCUGCGGCACGUGA